AUGGCUACCAGUACUCUGCAACUGCAGAUCCUCCUCGUCUUACUCAUUCUUAUCUCCCUCUUCAUAUCCGGAGCUACAACGACCGCCGACUUGACGACGACCGUCGACGUGACAACGACCGCCGACGUCAUUUCUCCAUCGCCGGAGAACUCGGCUUCUUUCGACGGUAAUCUUUAUACGCCUCCUGUUUUUGCCAGCAUUCUCUACUCUCUAGGCUUCCAGGAGCUGUCUACGGCGGCUGCCGGUGCCAAUCUCUCCACCGGCGCUCCUAUUACUAUCUUUGCUCCUGCUGAUUCAUCGCUGCUCACCUGUCGUUCAUGUUCUCCACGACAGCUCCUACACGAGCACUCAGUUCCUGGACUUUAUCCGCUUGAAUUCCUGCGCAAGAUAGCCUCCGGAACUAAAAUCCAAACUCUAGCUGAAAACCGCUGCCUCACUAUCACGACCUCCCCCUCCGUCACUCAGGACCAGCCGAAGGUUUUCGUGAAUGGAGCGAUGAUCACUCAGCCUGACCUCUUCUACAACGGCGUAAUCGUGGUUCACGGCAUCCAAGGCUUAGUAGCUCACCUCUCGCCGAUGUCAUGUAGCAUGGAGCAUAUGAAUUCUCUCUCAUUCCCUCCACCUUCAUCGGUGUCUUCACCUCAUGAAACGAAGGUCUCUAUCAUGCGUCUUAUGCUGAAAGACGCCGUCGUUCGACUGGAAAGCAGCCGUUACAGAAUCGUCGCGUUGGCGAUGAGAGUGAAGUUCGCCGAGCUUUCAAAACUAAACGCCAUGACGGUUUUCGCUCUGGAGGAUUCCAACCUUCUCGCUAGUAACGGCUUUUUGUAUCUCUCGAAUUUCCGUUUUCACGUUGUGCCUAACAGGAGGAUCCUCGCCCCUGAGCUGCUCGGUCUGCCGACUGGAAGCGUUUUGCCAACAAUGGAUAGCGCGCACGAGCUGGUUUUGACCACCGGAGGCGAAGGAGGCACAGUUUCGCCGAUCAAAAUCAAUUACAUCAGCGUUCCAACCCUUGAUCUGAUACACAACAGCAGAAUUGUGAUCCAUGCAGUGUCCUCACCAUUUCCGCACAUGUAUCAUCACAAGACUCGAGAUGGUUUUGGGCAGAUCGAAGAGUCACGGUGUGAUCUCACAUCAGGUGAUGGCGUUUGCAAUGCAGAUACUCCUACGCCGCCAGCUAUCAAGCCGUCAACGGCGGAAGGCUACGCCACUGGAGUGCUUGAUUAA